GCCCGCGCUCCGUCCCGUAGAGGCGUUGACUGUUGUGGUAGAAAUGUUGAUUAUCCUGCGGAUAGCAGCCUGAAAACCCUCCGGACCUCCACACCGUCAGCGGCGGACCGGGCGGACCGCGGCCGGAGGCAGCGAGUGACGGCGGGCAGCAGCAGUGCUUGGACCAGGUGCCCCAGGUAUCUCCAGGUGCCCCAGGUGUCUCUGGGUGAGGAGACAGUAUGAGCUCGAAAGGAGGCGGCACCGCUCUGACCCGCAGAAACUACAGACUGGCUUCAGACACAGACAAACCCCGAGCCACAGGUAUCGUGAAUGAGAAGCUGCUGAGCGACUACCUGCAUCAUGUGUUUCCCUCCAGACAGGGACCAGCCCUCGCCUCGCUCAGGAAGCCUCUGGGGUUCCAGGACCUGGGUGCUCACCUGGAGAGACUCCUGUCUGAGGGGGAUGCAGCCGAGGACAGCAGAGCAGACCAGCCUGUGGAGGGGCGUUUGGGUCCUCAGCCGGUGGUCCUGGAUCACACCAGCGGGUUUGAAGGCCUCCUGUUUGUAGACGAUGACCUGCUGGGGGUGAUCGGCCACAGUAACUUCAGCUCCAUCAGAGCCACCACCUGUGUUUAUAAAGGGAAGUGGGCCUACGAGGUCCUGAUCUCCUCUCAGGGUCUGAUGCAGAUCGGCUGGUGUACCCUCAACUGUCGCUUCAACCAGGAGGAGGGAGUCGGGGACACUCCGGACUCGUACGCCUACGAUGGAAACAGAGUGAGGAAGUGGAACGUGACGACCACCAACUAUGGAAAGUCGUGGGCGGCUGGAGACAUCGUCAGCUGUUUGAUCGACCUGGAUGAAGGAACCAUCACGUUCUGUCUGAAUGGUCAGUCUCUGGGCAUGGCGUUCACCAACAUAAAGAUGGGUCCUGGCGUGGCGUACUUCCCGGCCAUCAGCCUGUCCUUCAAAGAGUCGGUGGCCUUUAACUUCGGCAGCAGACCGCUAAGGUACCCUGUGGAUGGCUACCUGCCGCUGCAGAACCCUCCCACCGCUGACCUGCUGAAGGCUCAGCAGCUGCUGGGGUACAUGAAGAACGUCCUGUCCACCACCAUCGACACACAGGAGGAGCGUCUCCUGGAGAAGGAUUGUUCUGUGUGGAGACUUCACGGUGAACCGACCGUCCUCGUCACGCUUGCUCACAUCUUCAACCACUUCGCUCCUCUUAUGUGUAAGGUGUACCUGGUGGAGGACGUGCUGAUGAACUUCUUGUUGGGGAUCCUGGAGGGUGGAGGUUCGGUGGAUGAACAUCCUCUGAUCCAGCAGCUGCUCGACCUCUUCUGGCUGCUGAUGGAGGACUACGAGGUGAGUGAGUGUCUGAAGCAGCUGAUGAUGUCUCUGCUCAGAGCGUAUCGUUUCUCUCCCAUCAUCCCCGACCUCGGCUUCCAGAUCCACUACCUGCGUCUCACCACGGCCAUCCUGCACCACGAGAAGUCCAGGAAGUACCUGCUCAACAACGUACUGUUUGACGUGCUGCGCUCCGUGGUGUUUUUCUACAUAAAGACUCCUCUGCGGGUGAAGGAGGCGGGGCUAGAGGAGCUCAUCCCCACCACCUGGUGGCCCACGCACUUCGACAAGGAGGGUAAAGACGAGCGUGAGCCCAAAGACGAGAGUGCAGACGAGCGUCUGAGACGGCGAGCGUACGAGAGAGGCUGCCUGAGACUGAAGAAGAGGAUCGAAGUGGUUGAAGAGUUGCAGGUUCAGAUCCUGAAGUUGUUGCUGAACAACAAAGACAAAACGACGGGAGAAGCCUCUCGCUACAUUUUCCUCAAUAAGUUCCGAAAGUUUCUCCAGGAGAAUGCGAGCAACAGAGGGCACCCCACUGCUCUGUGUCCUCCUGAGUACAUGGUGUGUUUCCUGCAUCGUCUCAUCACGGCGGUAAGAGCGAGUUGGGACGACGGGAAGAAGAGAGAGAGCAGCACAGGAAGUGAUGAGGCGUACGUCCCCCCUCAGCUUUUCUAUAACGGGAAGGUGGACUACUUUGACCUGCAGAGACUGGGAGGACUGCUGUCCCACCUGAAGAAAACACUCAAAGACGACCUGGCCAGUAAAGCAAACAUCAUCAUCGACCCGGCAGAGAUCAUGGCCACGUCCAUGGACGACCUGGACGAGGACGAGGAGAGCGGCGCUGCUCAGAGGCCGUUUGGCGCGGCGGCGAUGGGCGGAGCUCUGGCGCGGCCCAGCUGGUUGAGUUCUCCGACUCUGGGUCGAGCGAACCGCUUCUUGAGCACAGCCGCCGUCAGCCUGAUGACCCCCAGACGACCUCUGACCCAGCCGGAGAAGGUCAAGGUCCGCACGCUGGCCGUGGAGCAGAGGACCGAGGAGGACAUCGAGGGCAGCCAUGGUAAUGACGGCCUGUUGCUGGGGCGACCGCUGGAGGAGCCGGAGCAGCCAAUCACAGACAAGUCUCUGCUGGAGAUCGUGGACGGGAUCGUGAUGAUGUACAACCUGAGCGUCCACCAGCAGCUGGGCAAGAUGGUGGUGGUGUCCGAUGACGUCCAUGAGUACGCCGUGGCUCUGAAGGACACGGAAGAGAAGAUUGCUCGCUGCCCUGCCAGAAGAGCGGACAUCCUGGAGGAGCUCCAGAAGAGUCAGAAGGUUUUUGCAGAGAAGCUGAACCACCUGUGCAGGAGACUGGCCUGGAUCAACGCCACCAUCUACUCCAAGGAGAAGAUGCUGGACGUGUACUGGCUGCUGUGUGUGUGCAUCCGGACCAUCGAGCACGCUGACAGCACCGGCUCUCUGUUCGCCUUCGCUCCAGAGUUCUACCUGAAUGUGGCAAUGAAUGCAUACAGCGCCCUGAAGAACUACUUCAGCCCCGCCAACAGCAUGGACGAGCUUCCAGGAUAUGAAGACACGCUGACUCAGCUCGCCGCCAUCCUCGCCAAACACUUUGCUGAUCCACGAAUAGUAGGAACAGAUAUCAAAGACUCUCUGAUGCAGGCACUUGCUAGCUACGUCUGCUACCCACAAUCCCUCAGGGCGGUGGAGAGGAUCCCCGAGGACCAGCGUGUGGCCAUGAUGAGGAACCUGCUGGCUCCGUACGAGCAGAGACCCUGGGCCCAGACCAACUGGAUCCUGGUCCGUCUCUGGAGGGGUUGUGGUUUCGGCUACAGAUACACUCGUCUUCCUCACCUGCUGAAAACCAAACCUGAGGACGCCAACCUGCCCAGCCUGCAGAAGCCGUGUCCGUCCCUGCUGCUGCAGAGACACAUGGCGGAGCUUCUGAGGACGGACAAAGACAUGGCGGCGUCGUUCCUGAACAGCGUCCUGAACCAGCUGAACUGGGCCUUCUCUGAGUUCAUCGGCAUGAUCCAGGAGAUCCAGCAGGCGGCUGAGCGUCCUGAGAGGAACUUUGUGGACACUCGUCAGCUGAAGGUGUGUGCCACCUGCUUCGACCUGUCCGUGAGCCUGCUGCGGGUCCUGGAGAUGACUGUCACUCUGGUUCCAGAGAUCUUCCUCGACUGGUCCAGACCCUCUGCAGAGCUGCUGCUCAGAAGACUCGCUCAGCUGUUGAACCAGGUGUUAAACAGAGUGACAGCUGAGAAGAACCUGUUCGACCGAGUUGUCAACCUGAGACUGCCAGGUCUGGAGAGUGUGGACCACUACCCCAUCCUGGUGGCUGUUACAGGGAUCCUGGUCCGGAUCCUGGUGGACGGGGAUAGACAGGGGGUUUCUCGUGCUGCCUCCGUGUUGCUGUCUGAUCCGUGUUUUCAGCUGCACUCCAUCCAGCACCUAUUGGGAGAGGGUGGAGACUCAUCCAGCACCGCCACAGCUGCUGCCCCCGUCGCCCCCGCAGCCCGGCCGGUGGUCGGCACUCUGGGUUCGGCCGUGGCGCCCGCGAUCCCGUCGGCUACUGGAAACGCCGGAUCUACUGACCGCAAACACUUCUCCCUGCACGCAUACACCGACUACAUCAGUGAGGAGGAGAAGCAGAAGGUGGAGCUGAUGUUGACGUUUCUCACUGAAGAAUCCAAACAAGCUGCAGCGAGUACAGCACCGACCAGUGAAGAAGACCUCUGCCCCAUCUGCUAUGCCCACUCCAUCUCCGCCAUCUUCAAGCCCUGCUCACACAAGUCCUGCAAAGCCUGUAUCAACCAGCACCUGAUGAACAACAAGGACUGCUUCUUCUGCAAAGCCACCAUCACCGGGGUCGAAGACUACAGCAAGCCCACCACCUCCUAACACACACACACACACAUACAUAUACAUGCACACACAGACACAGACACACACACAUGCACACACACACACACAGACACGGAUAUACCGGGGUUUAAAAAAACCCAGUCAUGAUGUAGACAGAUGACAGCACACUGGGGACUCGGUGUACAGCAGGAUAGUCACACACACACACACACACACACUGAGCCGAGGCCGCCGCCAACAUAAAACACAGAGUCCUCGAUGGAGGACAGCAGCGUCCUUCAGUGUGAGAACCUGCUGUCACAUUAGCACAACAACUCACCUCUACCUGUCAGUGCAGGUACAACACACACACACACACAAACCCACGCACACACACUAUCAGGUGGCAGGUGUGCAGCAGAUAUCGACUUUACCUCGUUGGAGACACUUAAACACCAAGUCACAGGCAGGGAAUAAUGUGAAACUUGUACCUCAGCUGGACGGAUUCAGAGACACACAACCAUUCACAGACACACAACCAUUCACAGACACACAACCAUUCACGGACACACGACCAUUCAGAGACACACAAUGGCCACAAAGAGGCCAGAAACAAGGAUACUCAAAAUUACUGCAGGGUUCUAAAGACAACCACAAAGAUACACAACCCCACCACAAAGAGACACAAGACUACCACAAAGACACACAAAAAAAACACAAAAGACACAAGACACCCACAAAGAGACACAAGACGACCACAAAAAGACACAAGACGGCCACAAAAAGACACAAGACGACCACAAAGAGACACAAGACGGCCACAGCAUCACUGACACAUUCACUCAGACGUGUCAGGGACACUGCACAGGAUUCAGCAUACAGAAGCAGAUUCAAAGAGACAAAAAACAACCACAAAGAGCUAAAAUUACCCCAAACCACCAUUAAGAGACACAGCAAUGACCACAGAGAGAUCCAAACAGAAAGAAACUUCUGACAUCAGAGAGAUUCAAAACGACUGCAAAGAGACAGCAUUCUAUAGUAGCUUCACGUCUUUCUGAGUCUCAGAGUCCGUCCAGACAUCGCUACUUUCACACCAACGUACUGUAAACACAUCACACACUUUUUCUACCGUCAGCGGCGCAGGAGGAGCUAACAGCCAUCAGCACACACACGCAGACACAGACACACACACACACACACACACACACACACACACACACACAGAGUCACUAAUGUUGGGUUGGACAGAUAAAUGUGGUUUGUUGACGAGCUUCCCUGUGCAAAUCAGAAACUUCGUUCAGAAAGUUCGGAGAGACUUGCAGCACUUUUGUACGAUCUGAGGGGACAGUUCACUCCUUCACUCUGUGAUCUGUGAGAAGCUCCUGGAGGAACCUGCAGAUCGUCUUCUUUAAGAAUGUUUAAGCUUCAUCUCACAAUAAUGACAACAUCAGUUUCAAGUAUUUGUACUUUGUAUAUUUCCAGAUGGAUCCGUCUGUUUUUCGCUUCGUGUCCUGCAUGUUUAUAUCCUGAUUGUGGUUAUUUUAAUUUCUGGUCCAGUUCUCCUCCAUAAAUCGUCUGUCUUUGAAUGUUUAAAGUAUAAAAGGAAAAAAGGAAAUUUAAUUUUUUAAAUUACAAAUUUUUUAAAUUCUGUAUCAAUUAAGUUUUUUUUCUUUCCUGUUUUUCAUUUAACAUUUUCCUUCGAAUUUUUGAAGCGGUACAGAAUUCCUGAUAUUCAUUUCAAUAUCCAGUUUCCUUCUUUUGUUUCUGUUUUUUGUUUUAUUAUCUAAGUUUACUGACAAAGUUUACUUCAUAUCUUGUUUGGUUUUCUUCCCAAAUGCUUUCUCAUUUUGGUUUUAACCCCACAGUGACAGAUAACUAAACGUAAUUUUAAUUUUGGGUGAAAUGAGUCUAAAAUGUCUCUCAGUUUAUAUUUUGUCUUGUUUUUAGAAUAUUAAUUGCAAAUAUGUUUCAUUUGUUCUUUGCUUGUUUGUUUAUAUCAUCCAAAGCAUAAUAAUACUAAUACUAAUAAUUAUAAUAAUAAUGAUAAUAAUCUGAAGCCCAGAAGAGAAAAUGUUCUAGUUUCCAUGGUGUUAAACUGAGGUAUGGUUAAUGAUGUUUCAUGUAAAUGAUGAAAGCUGUGAGUUUAAUCUUAAGGGCUUCUGACGGGGAAUGUUGAUGGUCAACAUGUUUUAAGUUGUGAAAGUCUGUCUGUGUGUUUCCUCACUCUAUAAACUGAUCUCGGUUCUCAUAUCUGACGCAUGUAUUUGAGUGAACAGAGUGUUUGUUGUGCAGGUUUACAGAGAGCUUCGUGGAGUUGGUGAAAGAUCUUAAAGGCUGCAAGCAGGAAAAUUACACCAACUGUUUGUUUACCCAUUUAUCUUAUUGGGGGGAACAACAUGCUUUCUAUUUCUUUUUUGUGAGUGAGAGUGCACAUAUAUCAAAAAUGUAACUGCAUUAAAUUAUUUAUCCCAAUCUGA